AUGGCUUGCCUUCUCUUAGCCACUCUACUCAUUACAUUACAUACAUUAAUUCCCUUGGCUCACACCUCCGGCCAUGCUGAUACAUGCCGCUCGUUUUGCGGAAACCUAACGGUAAGUUACCCUUUUGCCCUCCAUCCGGGCUGUGGCCACUCGGCCUUCCGUGACCUCUUGUUUUGCAUAAACGACGUCUUGAUGCUCCACAUCAGCUCUGGCUCGUAUCUUGUCCUCGACAUAGACUACGCGUACGGGCUACUCGUCCUGCACGAACCACACAUGUCCACUUGCGACUCACUCGUUUACGGUGGGCUGGGAAACGGGUUCGUCGUCGAGCCUUGGCGGGCCCGUUAUUUGGGCCCAACAACCGACAAUGUGUUCAUGUUACUGGGCUGCUCGGCGAGGUCUCCCCUAUUUCAGGGCUUCCCAGGGAAGAACAACUCGCCGUGUAGGAAUGUUUCGGGCCUCGGGUGUGAGGAGUAUUACGGGUGUCCUGCCUGGGAGACGUUCGGGCUGAGCAGGGGAGGGCCCAUUUAUGAAACGGGCCCACCGGAUUGCUGUGCGGUGCCGUACGAGAUGAUUAGGAGUGUGAACCUGUCGAGUCUUGAAUGCCAAGGGUACAGCAGUGCUUACAGCCUGGCGCCGUUGAGGGUUAGCGGGCCGGGCCAGUGGGCUUAUGGGAUCCAAGUUAAGUAUAAUUUGCAGGGGAUUGAGAGUUUUUGUCGGGCCUGCGAAGCUACCGGUGGAUCUUGUGGCUAUGAGAUUGGUGGGAAUAGAGAUUUGUGCAUGUGCGGGAGCUGGAACUCGACUUCUAAUUGUGAUGCAGUAAAAUCAGGUGCAUUCAGCAAUGGAAACUGGUCUCCAGAGGUGAAAUUUGCAGGUCUCUUACUCAUUACAAAGGGAUAG